AUGAACACAAGACAAGGAGGAAGAAAAACGCCUGACGAGCCUGACGACUGUCCUGGAUCAACAAUGGCUGACCUACAAGGGGCACAGGCAAGUGGUCCACAAGACAAGAUGGAAGAAAUAGCUGGGAUGAUGAAGUCUUUGAUGUCAUCCCAGUACACUAGAGACAAAAUGGUGGAGAAAGAACGGACCCGGCAGGAGCAACGCUGGAACGCUAUGCAGGAUCAAGUCCAGGAACUUCAGCAGCAGCUAAUGCGGAUGCAGACAGAGUGUUCUGCACAUCCAGAACCGACCUCGCGGCCAGCAACGGCUCAGACAGAGCAGAGGAGGGGGCGCACAACCCCAGUUCUUGUGAAUGGCCACUGUGCAGAGGCACUGUUAGAUUCUGGGUGUUUUCAGACUGUAGUACGGUCCUCUUUGGUUCCGCUUGAGCGGCAGUCACCUGAAAAAGCUCGGCUCAUCUGUAUCCAUGGGGACGAGCACAACUACCCUACAGGAGAGGUUUAUCUUACGGAGCCUUCUCAGCAGUUUUUGGUGCGUGCUGUGAAAGAUGAGGAGAUUACAGAAAAGUUCUUCCCUGUCCCUCCCAAAGAGCCAGCUGCCAUUGACCUUUCUCACCUCUCUCCCCCUCAGCAGGACGAGAUAAAAACCUUUCUUGAACCCAGAUGCUUCUGGGGUGGGACUAGGAGCAGUCCUCCUCCAGGAGAAGGAUGGGGAACGAAGGCCUGUUGUCUUCCUGAGUCGGCGGCUGCUGGACCGGGAGACUCGCUACUCGGCAGUGAAGAAGGAAUGUUUGGCGAUGAAGUGGGCGAUUGA